ACACUUCCUCACGUACUUCCGGUUUCCCUUCCUUGUGUGCUAAGAUGGCGGACCGGCGACGACGAAGGAGGCGCGCGUCUCAGGACAGCGAAGAUGAGGACGAAUCUGCGUCCGGGUCGGAGAGAGGAAGAUCAGCUUCCCCUAGCGGGAAGACUCGCCCUAGAAUCCCCGAGCCGGGGGAAUCUCCAGUCGGACGCGUUGUCACGAAAAACGACGUCGAAUCUGAGUGUGAAAGUGAAGAUGGUGUCGGUGAAGCUGUCCUUUCUGACUAUGACAGUGCGGAUCCGGAGGAGAACGGCUCGCACUCGGAGGGAGGAGAGGAGGAGGAGGAAGUUGAGCACUUCAGUGAUGAAGAUGCUGCACGCCAAGCCACAGAGCAGAAAGCAGCAGCAGCAGCCGCCACCGAUGCUCCCACUGAAGUUGUGGGAGAGGUGGUUGAAGUAGAAGAAGUGGUGGAGGUGGAGGAGGAGGAGGAGGAGGAGAAAGAAAUAAAAGAAGUGAAGAGUGAUGAGAAAGGCAACUUGGCAGGAGAGAGGCAGAGUGGAGAUGGUCAGGAGAGCACGGAGGAUCCUGAGAACAAGUUAGCUGGUAAAGCUGGACAGAAGUUGGAUGAUGAUGAGGACAGAAAGAAUCCAGCAUACAUUCCCCGGAAGGGACUGUUUUUUGAGCAUGACGUGAGGGGCCAGGCUCAAGAUGAAGAGAGGCCUAAGGGCAGACAUCGGAAGCUGUGGAAAGAUGAGGGUCGUUGGGAACAUGAUAAGUUCCGGGAGGAGGAGCAGGCCCCUAAAUCACGCGAUGAGCUGAUUGCUAUUUACGGUUACGACAUCCGCAAUGGUAAUGGCUGCAGUGAUACUAGACCGUUCAAGCUGCGGAAGCCCAGGCAUCUUGGCCCACUAAACCAAGAGUUCAAGCGUUACAGGGAUGGUGAGAAGCCCCCCCGUUCCUCAUGGCAUGGUGCAGCUCCUGGUGCCCGUGGUCCCCCGCCUAUGACAAUAACUCCCCAGUCAGGUGUUUCUGCUCCUCCUCGCCUCCAGAAUAGGCCCUCCACCCAGCCCCCUGCACGCACCUUCCAGAGCAGCCGUCGACCUGAUAUCAGAAAUCAUACUAAAGCCACCACACGACUCCAGGCUUCUGAGAGUGAGAAGGCUCCCAGGCUCAGGGGCAGAGGUUGUCAUGGACCCCCUCACCACACCCAGCGCAGCACACGAGAGGAUGAAGAAGAGGAAGGCGAGAUUCCAACUGUAGCCACCACUUAUACUGCCCAUUAUUACAAAUCUGAGCAGGAGACAACCUCUUCAUCACAGCAAAAGGAGGAAAGUGGAACAAUGGAGGAACAACAGUCAAGCACACCUGGUACAGUAAGGGAGGUGUCACCACCUCCUGAGAAGCCAGUGGAGAAAAAAUCCUACUCUCUGGCACGCAGGAGCCGAGCCAGGCCCUCGGACCUUAGCAAACAGGCCUCUCUGGAAGAGGCAGUGCUCACCCCACAGGUUAUGCCCACUGCUGCCAAGAGUGAAUCGUGGCAGGGUCAGGGUGAGUCAGGCACACAGAGUGGCCUAUCAAGGCUGGAUCAGGACCUGGCUCGCCUCAAUCUGGCUGGUCAAAGCUGGACCCAGAGUCCGCCCUCAUACCUCCAGCCUGAGAUGAGAGGCAUCCCUAGUUCUAUACAUAUAGGAGGUGGACCUCCCCAGUAUGGCAAUAUGGAGGACAUGGGUGUUGGUGGUGGCCGGGCUAAGCGGUAUUCUUCUCAGAGGCAGAGACCAGUGCCUGAACCAGCGCCAAUGCACAUAGGGCUCAUGGAAGGCCACUAUUACGAACCCAUGUCAUUUCAGGGACCAAUCUACGCACAUGGUGACAGUCCUGCUACCAUGCCACCACAGGGGCUUCUGGUACAACCAGAGAUGCACCUGCCCCACCCCACACACCCAAGUUUGCAUCCGCACCAGUCAGGAGGACCGAUUCCAAAUGCUGCGCUUUACGCUGCUCCUCCACCCGUUUCUCUGUCUCCUGGACAGCCACCCCCGCAGCAACUGCUUGCCCCACCCUUCUUCCCUCCACCUGGAGUCAUGACCUUUAGCAACACCAACUAUCCUUACCCUGCUGGAGCUACACUACCCCCCAUAUACCCAAAUGCACAGGCACAGUCACAGGUGUAUGGUGGAGUGACGUAUUUUGACACGGUACAGCAGCAAGCUCAACCCAAACCUUCUCCACCACGCCGCACCUCACAGCCAGUCACAGUCAAACCUCCACCACCAGAGGACCAGAGCAGGAAGCCCAGUGAGGAAUUGCGCUCCUAGCUGCUGCUGAAAGAAGUAACCAGGACCAGCACCACUUGUGGAUGAAUUUAAUUUUCGAUGUGUUACAUUACCGUGUUUUUUUUUUUUUGUUGUUUUUUUAAAGAAAAAAACGUGUAGUUUUGAUUUUAUUCAUUUCAAGCAUGUCUGCAUUCACCUUCAUUCAAGGCUCUUUGUAAGUCAUGUCUCGAUCAUAUUUUUUAUCACCUGAUCUGUUUGCUGUGUGCUUCUUCACUUUCGAGGCAUGAGUUAGUUGCUGAAGGAAAUGUACUGUAAAAUAUAUACGACAAGCCGACACAGAAAGGGUUUCGCUGCUAUUACUCACCAUCAUAAUCAUCAUAAAUAAAUGUUUUGUAUUCAUAAUCAAGGCCGUUUUUUUUUUUUUUGGAUGGAAAAGGCAGAUGAAUGUGAUUGCAAACGUUUCAUUUAGUGCAGCAUGUUAUGCAAACGUUUCAUUUAGUGCAGGCUAUUUAGCUCACUGUUUGCAAGUAAUAGCCUAAUACAUAUUUGUUUCAAAUUAGACUUGUAUGAUAAUUAUCUGGUGGAAUUUUAACCCAUUUUGUGUGUUGAAGAAUGGAACAUGAAAACAGGUCAGCAUCAUACAGUAACAUGUUAAGACUCUCAUUUACCAUAGAAUUUAAAUAUAUGCAUGUAGCAUCUUCAGUUUAAUAUUCACAUUCAGCAUUAGAAGGCACUUUUUUUGGCCUGGCAGUCUAUGCAUCCCUGUUUUUCUUCAUCAUCCCCCAACGCUAUAUCUGUGAAAUGUUUAUUAGUAACUACAUUUAAGGCAAUAUGUUUCAGCUAUAGUGCAGUUUCCAGACUGGUCAUUGAGGGCAGGACGUGUUGAGCUGCAGCAUGGUGUGAUCCAUACCAGUGGAUUAACUAAUUGACCAAAAAUUUUGUCUGUAAAUGCUGACGACUGAAAAGAGACUCCUUUUCUCUGCUCGACACGGUGCACAUUUAAGCAGAAAUAUUUGAUGGUGCACCUUUAAGGGCUGACGGAUAGGCAGUGACUUACAUAUAUAUUAUAUAUAUAUAUGACUGUUCUAAUAGCAGGUAUUAUUGGAGUUCAUGUGGGUUUUUCUUUUUUAAAAUAGUGGUCUGCUCAUAGUUUCUAAUGCAUAAAAAAACCCUACUUACUUAAACUUAACCCAGACAGUGCUGAUUUGCAAAUGCUCAAGCAGUAUAGUUUCUGUAAAGGUGCUAGUCUCUUGUGUGUAGUGAAGUGUGAUCUUUUCACUCUUCCCCACAUCAAUGGCAUAUGCCUGAUCUCUGUAUCUUUGACUUUGUUCUGUGUUAAAUACAAUACUGUAAUAACAGUUUCAGGUUGAGAUGAUUUUGACUCGGUAGUGUGUUCUGCGUGAUGAUCACUCAACCACAUAACGGUGCACUUUGUGCUGUGAUGAUCUGGGGGAAAAAUCCACAGAAGCCUAGAACUAUUCACUUUGCCUGAAACUGACAUACUUGAUAGUGCUACUGCUUGGUGAUGGCUUUCUAGUGUAUGUGUAUAUAGAAUAAAUGUAUUAUUGAAGCCUGUGGUUUAAGCAGUAAUACCUUAAACUUUAGUUACUAGUGAAAUAUUGUCACCUUGAACAAAGUCAGCAGGGAUUCCUAGCCAUUAUUUGUUGUCUGAUUAACUGGUAAUUAACUUGCAAUUAUCAAUCGUAUCAACAGCUUUUUAAUUUCUAGAUGUGGUAAUUACAAGAGGUCUUUUCCUUAUAGGAGCACUGUACAGGCAUGCAUGAGCACAUAGCUGCAUUUCUUUGUGAAAGUAAUUCUAGGUGAGCUCCAGGGGCUGUGUUCCAAACACCUCUUAGGGUUGUGUACCAAGCACCUCCACAGGACUGUGUGAUGGGUUACUUCUUUAAAAUGGUUCCCUUUAUCAUCUGCUCCUGAUAGCCUGCAAGUAUAACUGAAGUUCUCUUACGUUCUCAGUGUUGUUUAGAUGUUGUGUAUAAGAUGAUUUGUGAUGUUACUUUCUAUGCCUUAAAAAAUUGCAUUGGUUUGACAUAUCUGCUCCCAUCGACUAGACCUGCCAACACUGUGACGGGCUUGUACAUGUUUAAAUGUUCAAAAGUGAUUUUUUGAUUAUUUUUUUUUAUUUGAUUUAUUUGAAUUUUUUUUUUCGUGGAGCAUUUUUGUCAGAAGAACUAUUAAACAAAACCCAUGUGUAA